AUGAUUCGAUUGUUAUACAUUCUACAUUCUGAGGAAGAACUACUAUCUUCAUCUUCAGAAAUCGAUAAAUGCAUGCUGAAUCUUCACAACUGUAAUGAUGAAGCCACGUGCAUAAACGCCGCAAAGUCAUAUUCAUGUGUCUGUAACACAGGUUGGACUGGAGAUGGAUUUAAUUGCGAUGGUAAGUAAAAAAUGUGGGUUUUAUCUCAUUAAUUAAAAAGGUAUUAACGCUCCUUGUGAUGGGAAAAUAAUAUAAUUUUCGCCUUGUAAGGACAUUGUAUUUGAAAGCUAUUUUAUUUCUUUCAAUUAAGAUAAAAGUUUGAAAACGAAAUAAUAUAUAUAUUGAAAUGUUGACGAUAAUGACGUCGUAUUGACGUCGUAUGAUUUCAUGUAUAACAGGCGAUACUAAAAUAUAAUUUUGCAUCAGAAAUUAUUUUCUGGUCAAUGAACUACCAACAAUUCUCACAAACUCUAACGGAAGAUAUUUUCGUACGGGAUAUUUUCACUGUCGUAUGGGAAUUUUGAUUUGCUGAACUAACCGAGAACGCAUUGUUGUUACUUUAUGCCCUUCGCGGUCACCGGGGCCACAUGGAAAACGUGGCAUUGUUAUACUGUAGGUCACCAUCCACUAAGAUUGGAUGUUUUCUAUGUUUUUAAAAACUCAUUCCAGGUUGUGUUUUAUUUGUUGUCUCCUGUGUUUGAAGGGUUUUUCGUCAGCUCCUCCAUUUUCUUCUCACACCAAAUCUAACCCAUAGUUAUCUGAGAACUGAGCGCCUAUUGAAAGGAGACUAACAUGUUGGCCCACCAUUAUCUAAUAUUGUUUGAUGGAAGAUUGUCAGUUUUGUUUAACACAAUUUCUAUCCAACAUCACUUUGUUGGUCCAAAAUGUUAGAUGACGUUGUACUUGUCUGAGCAGGGUUUUAGGCUUAUUUAGUUUUGAGACGCAAUGGGCAACCAUGCCGGGUGUAAUUUACAAUAGAUAACUCCUUAUUAUUGACAUCAUUAUCAUUUGAUGAAUAAAUUAAGAUGCAAUUCUCCAAUAUCGUUUUCAGACAUAAAUGAAUGUACGAACCUAAACAUUUGUCUUGAGAACAGUCGGUGCGUUAACAAUCCUGGGAGUUACGUAUGUAAUUGUGAUAUCGGAUAUAUUGGCUCAUCUCGGUGUACAAGUAAGUAAAUUUCGCCAAGUGGAACAAUGCACCUUUUUUGGUUUAGAGCCUGCUUUCCAUUUAGUUGUAGCCGUCGUGAGCUGGCGGCUUUAAGGGGUUCAAAGACGAAGCCACGAUCCCAAACCCGUAAUAUGUGAUGUUUUUGCAAAUCAGUCUUUACCGACUGCAAAAAUAAUUCGACACGUAUUAACUAACGGUCACCUUGCUAUGUUACUCACUAACAAUGAUUACGGCAAGCAAAUAAAUCAACAGUAUGUUCCAUACUCAAUCUCUCGUCAAUACGUUUACAUAUUUCUCUAUUUAGGACUGCCAGACACGUUUUUGUCUGUCACAUUCACACUAAAGGAUAGAAAAUUUACCAAUUCACUAAACGAUCCAACCUCUGACAAUUAUCAGACUCUCUCUAGGCAAGUUACAAAUAAUGUAAGUUUAACGAUUAUGAUAGAGAUUAUUUAAUUUAUUUUGGAAAUUACAAACGUUCGAGUUAGAAGGGCUUUGUUUUUGACGCUGGUAAAAUAACAACUAACCUACACGAAAGCGACGUCGACGUCUGGUGCCCUAGCAGCAUCUAUAUAUGCAAAAAGAUCGAAGAAGUCCAGAGGAGGACAAUGUUGUGGAUAUUAGGGAAAAAACGUGGCGAAAUGAAUUAGUACGUAGAAUGUUUAACGAAACUAAAUCUUAUCCCACUGGCUUACGACCGAGAGAAGAAGGACAUGAUUUAAAUGCGUAUGUCGAAACUACGGCAAGCAGGAUACGUGCAAGCACCUCUUGCCCUUUAUGAAGCGCAAUAAACAAGCACAUUCCAAAACUCGUACUUUGUUAGAAUUGUAAAAGUGUGGAACUAUGUAUUUAAAUCUGCUCCUCCCGACUACUACGACACUCUUUCCAACUUUAAAACAUACCUACACAAGACUUGUCUUCACUUAACAGCUACUACUUACACUCCUGACGAACCUAGAUUUUGAAAAUAUAACACAUUAAAUAAGAUUUGGCAAUGUUAAAACAGCUACUGUUCCAAAUAUUUUCUAUUCGAAUUUUAAUCACCAUUUCUAUUGAAUUUUAAUCUUAAUAACGGCCAGUAAUGGUAUUUUUCCUUUUAUUAUAACAUUCAUUUUGAAAUCAAUGGUGUUUCCUGCAAUCUGAUUGGUUCACAGGAGUGUGAUUUCAGCACGAAUCGCACUCCUAGCAGUGCGUUUCGUGCUGAAUUCGCACCUUCUUUCAACCAAUAACAUUAGAGUGCUAACUUCAGCAAGCCAAACCAAUCAUAUUUAAUAAUAGGGUUCAAGCAGCCAAUCAAAUUUAAGAAAAAUGUGAUAUGCCAAAUGAGCAAAAACAAAACAUUUACAUAUCAUAUGUCAUGAUUUUAGUACUUUGGAGUGCGUAUAAAGCAUUUUUUUGCACGUAAAAAUCAAACAAAUAAUUAUGGAUAGCUACAUUAAACUAUGUUAACUAUCAAAGAAUUGCAAAGAAUUUUAAAUUUUUUUUGAAAUUUCACAACAGGCAAAAUUCCAACAAAAGUAAAUUUAAAGCGUCAGGUCAGACUCAGGAAAAUAGGUCCAAAUCACUGGUUUCAAAUCACUGGUUUCAAAUCACUCGUUACACCUACAAUACGUUUAAACUUACUUGUGUGUCUCUUAUUCUUUAUAAAUGACUACAUUUCUUUAAAAUGUUUGCAGUAUUUUCAUUAUUUUGAACGUAUAUUUCAGUUCGCUUCAUCCUGUUCGCUUAUUGUUGCUAUGCUACAGCAUUCGGGGAGGUACCGAUGGUGUGUCUUUUGCAAACAAAAACGUUUACGGUUUCAAAAAUAUUUAAGAAUGAAUACAAUAAAGUGGAAAUUGAACUUUGUGUCGUGCAAAAUUGGACUGAAAUUAAACUUGUGAUUACAAAUCGCACUUCCGCUUCACGGUCGUGCGAUUUUGUAAUCACGCGUUUGAUUUCAGUCCAAAUUACACUCCACUCAGUUCAAUUACCAUUAUAUAUCCUGGACGGUAUUCUUUCUAAUGAAGCCCUGUAGUGAUUGUAUUUUUUUGUUUUAAUAUGAUAAAAACAUGCAUCACUUAAAAUAUAGAAAAUCGUUUUUAGAAUGUCUGGAAUAAAAACAAAUCUGUUGGUUCAUGCCCCAGGUACUUCCCCACAACACAGGAUACCCUCCCCCCCCACCACCACCACUGGAUCACACUUAAGGAAUGGAACAGUAGUGCACGCCUGAAAAAAAAUGUUGUAAUGCGACUUUGUCAUAUCAGUCUUAAGUCCAUAUACCUUAAUUAAUUUUUUAGUUUCAAAAGGAGUUUUCCAAUGUUCCAGCGUAUCGUGGUGUCAAUAUCAUUAGAUUUAGGUGAGUUCAUAGUAUCAUAUAUUCAUUUUCAUGUGAUGAUAUGGUGAUUUUUUAAUUAUUAGGUAAGUUAAAUUGCCAGUUCUAGUUAAUUGCUAACCAAAAUAUUUUACCUCCAUUCUGAAAAGAUCUGGAAGUGUGAUUUGCGAUGCAGAAUUGGUCUUGGUUCUAAAUGCUAAAGACGAAAUUACUAAAGUUUUGGAGAGAGUUAAUGCAACUGGCGUCCUUGGUAACAUUUCUGUUGUGGCUGAGUCAUUGACUACUGCCGAUAUACCAGGUAAUUUAGGAAUAUUGGAUAAACUAGGGCAUGUGGCGUGUACAGGUACGAAUGAAGGGCCAAAAGUUUCAGAAAUCGUUAUGGGAGAGCAAAUGGUGGUCACCCUCAAACCUGAUGACGUAAAAGAAAGCAAUUUAUAUUUCUCAUCACUCAUUUUUCCAUUUGUUCUUAUCUGCUGAACCCGCUAGUAAUUAGUUUCCAAUCUUCGAUCUGUUUGUAUUUAGCAUUUGCAGAUAUUGAAAUGGACGUAGAAUACAGUGGAUAUGCUGGAGACAUGUUGGAGAUAACGUGUACUAUUACUGGACCAUCUCUUCUGAGCUUUGAGUGGAGAAAAAAUAACAUGAUUUUGUCCUUAUCAACAAGAGUAAAGAUUGAAAACAACGACCAAGUUUCAAAACUUUUUGUCCGUAAAACUGCGAAAUCUGAUUCUGGCAAUUAUUAUUGUAUAGCCAGGUAAGCGCGUUUGAGAAUAAUUUGAUCAUGAACCUGAUGACAUGGAUCCGUCGAAGAAUUGCUUCUGAUUGUUCUUCUGUUACAUCUGGUGUCUCACAAGAUAGCGCACUCGAUCCUCUCGUUCUUUGGCCCAACAUUACAUUACGACAGUAUUCCGCAGAGUAAAAACUGCAGUGUUUGGUGAAGUUAAACCAAAAGCAUUCUUUCCAUGUGCGGCUGAGACAAAGUUCUAAUUAGAAAGUACAUAUUGCAGGAAUCCAAAACUGGUGAUAAAGCUGGAAGACACAUGAACAAACCAUUGUGUCAUCGAACUCCUCAAGCUCGUGUGCUAAGCUUCUUUGACCGCGAUUCCGUAAAGUCUCUUACGGUGUUUAUGAUAUAUAUAUAUAUAUAUAUAUAUAUAUACAUAUAUAUAUAUAUAUAUAUAUAUAUAUAUAUAUAUAUAUAUACUGCAAUCAUAUUUUGAGAUAACAGAUGGAAAAUUUGUCCGGAUUUUAAUUACUGUACACAAUUUCAGACAAUUUGGUUUAGUUUAAGCCCCUUAACUAUUCACGCAAAGUUACAAUUUUCCCGAAAAAUCAGCUAUUUGCAUUCUUAAUUAAUGCAUUUGCCUAAUUUGCAUAUGUCAGCAAUAUGCAAAUUAGGUAAAGGCAUUAAUUAAGCAUGCGAAAGGCUGACUUUUUAGAACAAAAUGAAUAGUUAAACUAAACCAAAUUGUCUGAAAUUUUGUACAGUAAUUAAAAACCCGACAAAUUUUCAAUCUAUUUACUCAAAAUAUGAUUACAGGUUUUAAAUUUUGUGCGCGAGCCAUUUUUAGUUUGUUGCAAAAGACACACCCCCCUGGUUCACAAAAUUUGAGAUCGAGAAAAAUUUUUUUCAAUAUUUUACAUUAUAAGUACCCAAAGAAGUUAUAUAUAUAAAAAACCAGAUACAAAUAGGUGUUUUGCGAAAUUGAGAGCAAUUUCAAAUCUGUUCAGUUUUUUUUUUAUACACCCUGUAUAUAUAUAUAAAUAUAUCUUUUUUAGUAAAGGGGAAGAUACGAUCAACAGUAACGUAUCUGUCGAAGUUAAAGUUAUUCCCAUUGUUGCAGUUUCACCGUUAUCUGUCGCUGCUACUGAAGGUAAUGAAGUCCUUGUCUCGUCCUCUUGAAUCAGAGUCUUGCUAAUGAUUGUAUACAGGUGACGCCUGUCAAACCUCUUAAGGUUACAGGACACCCUUUUUGGAGUUUUGUGGAAAAUCGUUACUGCGCGCUCAAAAUCAGUUCGAUUUUCAUCAAAUUUUCAAUGAAUGAAAAUAGUGAAUUUAGUGAAUGAAAAUAGUAUAAAGUUGUAAAAUUGACAAACAAUAAAAUAAUGUGAGAAUUAUUCAGGAAAAUCUUAAGUCGCUUUUGAGUUAUGUUCCUGCUGGUUUUAAGAUAUAUUUAUGAAAAUAUCAUUUUUAUACAGUAAAAUAGUUGUUCUAAAAAAUUGUGUUCGGAAAUUUUUGUUUAUUUCGUCAUUCCGCUAAUAUGGCGAUUUCUUUGACGACUCCAGUAUAUUUCUGAAUUGUUUGUGUGAAUUGCUCCUUAUUUAUAAAAUAUCCAAAAUUAGAACAAAGCCGAACACAAUUUUGAAACUGUCAUCUUUAGCUAUGCUCUGUGAAAAUUUGAGAAAAAUUCGUUAAAACCCGCAGGAGCACAACUCGUUUAAAAAUCAGAAAUUGCCGUAAAAUUCUUCGGGAGAAAAUUGAAUUUGAAUAUUACAUUUUCAAUGUUUUUUUAUUGCAAGCGAAAUGUAUUUUAUUAAAUAACUCGUCGAGUUUUCAACAUUUUUCGCCCAAACGUGGUCAGAUAGUAGAACUAGUCUAAUGCUUUCAUGGAAACUAAUAAAAAAAAUUUAGGCAAAAUUAACACUCAAAGGUGUUCUGUAACCUUAAACGAAACCUUCACACCACCCUGUCUUCGGUUAAUUCUUUCGAAAAAUUUGAAUACCAAAUGUGAUACAAUUUUUCUGCAUUAGUUAUUUUUCCAUUUAGGUGAUCCAGUGACCUUAAUGUGCGAGACCUCUGUUGGCGAUGAAGAAAAUCUCGAAAUUGUGUGGCACAACUCCAAACAGUCCGGUAUUAUUGGUCAAACUAGAAAACUAAAUUUAUUCGAUAUCGCACCGUCUGAUAUUAAACCGAGAUACACUGCUGAAUAUUGGUGUUUCGCUAAGAAUUCAGAUGGUACAGGACGAAGCCAGAACGUUACAGUACAUAUAACAUCACAAGGUAAAUUUGCCAACAAAAUUUCUAGACAACAUCUCUGAAUUAUAUCUAUUAUAUCUGAAUUAUAUCUAUUUACUUGCAGUAUGAUGAAGGGAAUAAUAAUAUGUUCUCACCCUGACAACUGUAUGUUUAGUAAAACCUGUUAUGGACCGUGUUUGUUUUAGAUUAUAAUGAGUUUUGCUUCGAAGACAAUGACAGUGGUUAUACUUGGGAAGAGACACCAGUUGACACUUCAGUCAUCAAAACUUGUCCCGAGGGGAAAAUAGGUACGGUUUGUUUACUAUUUGUAUUUCGCUCUUUCAUGAUUUAAAACUCUAUCAGUCCGAAACUAUUCUCCCCAUAGUUUCAGUAAAGUGAACUAUAUUUUUUGGUCUUGUGUUACAACUGAGCGAAACUUAAAUUUUGUUUAAAAAUGAAUAAAAGAGCCCAGCAAAUAUUUUUUAUGCAAGACAUAUUUUAUGAAAUUUUACUAGCUAUAUAUAGCGUUUCGUUGUGUACAGUGAGUACAAUAUCUUCAGAGCGUCCAAGUAAAUUUUACAUGGUAUGCUGUAUAAUUACUAGAAAAUACAUUCAUGCAGAAACCCUCGCCUUGCUGACAAAACCAUUGUAUUUUCCGAAUAUGAAGUAUUGAAACUAGUUGUCAUAGUCACACGAUAAUUCCAUUCAGAAAUCCCCUAAAAAUAUCACUUUUAAUUACAAAAUUAUCAAUUUCCCAAACAUAUAUAUGUAAGGUAUAUAUGUUAUUUAAUAGACGUAAUAUAAGCUUCAAUUUCAAUGUAAUAUGUCCUUUUUAAACUAAACUGACUUUAUCGUAUUUAUCGAUAAACUUUGAGUUUGAAAUAAAAUUAUUUCAAAUUCUCGAAUGCAAGUAAGUUUGCUUUACUUUUCUAUUUAAAAAUUUUAAUCUAAUUAAAGAGUAAUCAAUAAAGAAACACUGAAAUUAUAUGCUCUCUUAAAGUCAAACUCGGAAACUGGGUGCAUGUUUUUAUAAAUGUUUAUUAGCAAGAAUAGCAGAAACGGGUUGAAGUAGAUAAUAGACGUAGUUGAAAUAUUAUAUAGUAUGCCAUGUAAAUAAGUAUUGUAAAUAAUAUUUAACCACAUACAGUCGGCAAUUUUCACUUCAACGUUCUCAAGAUGUUGCUCUGCGUACACCGGAACGUUAGCUAAUAUUAACAUUUCAUAAAAUAUGCGUGAUCUGCAUGGUGUAUCAAUAUCCACAAUAUUUAAAUUAAGCUAACUUUAUACUUAAUACGUUUUGUUAGUUCUAAACUGUUUUUGUAAAACUGGAAUGCCCGGAGAAACCGUUUGCAAUGUUUGGUAAAUCCAAAUUACUGUAUAUGCGCAUUUUUCUUACAUGUGAGUAAGCCGAAAUCUGACGAUCGACCAGAAAAACUGCACAUUGCAGGAAUGAUAAAUUGUUCAGAAUUGAGCUAAACAUUCUCAACAAUUUCACUUACAGGAACUGUUACACGAUUUUGUAACAGUAAUGAUGGUCCUCCUGUUUGGGGUGAUGUGAGUUUUUUCAACUGUAGAAGUUCUGUUGUUAUCGAUCUUGUUGAUAAGGUGAUUGUCAAAGUAUGAUCUAACUGUAUCAUGUGUUAAGCAUACACUAAUCGUAGUUUGUGUCUAGACUCCCUGAAGAACAUCAACUACAAUUUGAUCUUUUCCAGGUAGUUCAUAAUAAGCCGCGGCAUCGUAAUGCAAAAUGCUAUAUAUACCUAAUCUGGAGACUUAUACGUUUGAGAUAUCUUUUUCAUGUCAUUCAGCCGAGCAGUAUUGUAGAAUAUUGUCUGUGCCGGACCAUCACCAUUAUCUCUAAACAAAGCUAUGCCAAACAUACCUACAUUACCCUAAUUGUAGUUAAAAGUGCGUAAGGUCAAAAAAUGGGCAAUCCCAUACUGUAGCUGGGUUUAUUAAGUUCGACUGUGCAGCAAAUUGAUGAGACAGUUGUCGGAGUCACAAAAUUGGCCACUGAAUUGACUUUGCGUUGGGAGAUGAAAACAUUUUGUAUCAUUUGCUCACUUCCAUAACUAUAACAAUACCCCGUCAUGACUUUAAAAAUUAAAAUCUUGACUGAAAUCCACUUUAAAGGUGUCCAGACUGGUCGAGGGUUUUGAAUCGGAGAAUAUCAGUGACAUUUUGGACGAAACAGAACAAGUUUUAGAAGACGAUAAACUUUAUGUAAAAGAUAUUCAAGACAUUGUAUACGUUUUGGAGAAUACAAAGCAGAGAACGAAAACACAAAAUAAUCGUCAGCAAUUUAUUCGCUCAUCAAGUAAUAUAGUGAGUCAGAAGAGAAAGAAUGUAUGGAUGAAUAUACCGGUAAGAUGGCAUGCAAGUAUUUUAAAUUAAUGCUGCAUAACGCAGCGGUACACCACACCCCGGCUAUAUCCAGAGUUGAAUCGAUCCACUCUUUUAUCUAACAUUUUCGAAAUCUCCAUUCUACUUCGGUCGAUUUUGAUGUCUGGAUUUUGCGCAAUACGUUUUAAUAAGAAAGCGUAAUAAACGGAUGUCCACUCCAAUAAGCAAUUUCCAAUUAUUGCCUUUCUCACAAAGGCCAAAAUCCGCCAUUUUUGGGUUAUAUAUAAAUCAAGGAAGGUAAAAAGCAACUUUUAAGUUAAACGUUUGUAACAGCAUUUACCAUGAUACAAACAACUAUAAUACAAAAAGUCGCAUUUCGUGGUUCGGAGACUCUCAAACGUGGGAGAGGCAGCCAAAAUGGCGGAAAAUCGGACGUGAGAAAUGCUAAUUGGAAAUGCAAUAGACGGAUAUUAAUAUUUCCCGUUUAUAAAAGAUAUUGUAAUCAGAAAUUGUUCGUCACGAGCUUGUUGUUGCUAUUCAAGAUAUAGGAAUAAUUUAUUUCAAAAUAAAUUAUGAUUAAUAUGACACAAUUGCAAUAUCCCUAUGUAAAACUACGUGACUUAAAGCGAAACGAUAAACAAGAAAACCGCUUCGCUUUUAUAUAGAAACAUUUGUCAAAAUAUGUCAAGUAUCAAUGGCAUUAUAAUACCGUUUUACUAAGCCAACUGCAUUUCGGACAACACAAUCCCCACCCACUCACUCACUCACCCAACCCUUGACGAAGAAAUAAAUCUUAAAUAAAGGAAAUAAUUGCGUAAUUACAUGUAUAUUAUUAUGUUUUAUUACCAAAUAUGAAAGUAAAUAAUUUUAUCUGUUUGAGAUCGAAGAAAAAAAGAAAGCAGGGCGGAUAAGGGAAGCCAGCUCGGACAUGAUAUUGAAUGUCCAUGACGGUGAGGGACUUUACUCUCACGAUGCAUGAUCUUGUUUCCCCUGCUUUUGUUGUGAUCAUUGCCCCCAAAAAGGACGUUCCGUCACCCAAGUUUGGCCACAAGAUGUAAAAAGUGAAAUUCAACAUGAAAGUUGACUUGACUUUUGGAAAUUUGUAAUUCGUAGUAUCACGACAAGACGCUGUUGUGUUUUAUUAAAUUAAUGAAUUUGGGAAAUAUAUAUUGCCCACUUUUUAUUCAGUAAAGGAUUAAACCAAAAACUGUCUUUGCUUUCCAGUCUAGAAAUAAUUUGGCGAAGCAGGUUAUCAGUGGCACGGAUCUGAAUGCGAGGAACUACAUCUCACAAAGUGCAGAAAUAGGAAAAGUUGCUUUAUAUAGAACACCCAACAUAGACGUCAUUGGAAUACGUCUACCAACAGUAAAACCCACCGAACUUCAAGCUAAAGGUACCAGUUUGCUGGACACAGCUGGAGAGGGCGUGGUUAUCCCUGAUGCUCUGACCAAUGAGUUAAAAGAAGCAACUGUAGUGAAGUACAGUUCAAUCAAGGAUAUUUUAUCUGAAGAAGAGUUGAAGGAAUCCGUGGAUAAUACCAUAGAAUCGACUGAAUCAUUGACAAUCAGAAGUACUAUUGUAUCUCUCAUAACUAAACCAGGGUUUAAUGAAUCUGUGUCUAAACCUUUUAAGAUUGUACUUCAGAAUAACCAGGUAUGAAUCGAGUAUUUGCAAGUGUUAUUACGUGUGAUUUUCGCGAUAGUUAGACGAGUAA